AUGACGAAUGGGAGGUUUCAUGGUGGGCCUGUUGGUGCGCCGCCGGGUAUCAUGAACGGGGUCAGCAAUGGCCUAAAUGGUGUAAGCAACGGACAGCACCACGGUGCUGGAAGUCCUGGCAAUAGCAGUAGCGGCGGCGGAAGCAGUAUCUCGCCCGCACCCUCGACAAACAUGCACGAGCCGAAGAUGUUGGGCAAUGCUCAGUUUCAGGAUGCGCAGUUUGCGAAUGCACAUGCCAGACAGCAACGGCGACGAACGACUAUUGGUGAGCGGAGCAUAAAUGGUAUGUCUGCGCCAGCGGUGCUAGAGGAGGAGCAGGUGGCGACGCGAUGGAAUCCGAACGGAGUCGAUGCGCCCUUCGAACACAGGUCGUCAAGACGGAAUUCGUACGUGCCACAAUUCUCCAAUUCGCCACGAGCGGGCAGUCCAGACAUGUACGGCCGCGGCCUGAGUCCCGUCUCAGCUAUGCGGAGUCCGCUCCGAAACGGCCACAUGAAUGGUGGCGCCAUGAGCCCGGUCUCCACCCUCCGCAACGACGGCAUCAUCCACCGAUCACAAUCACCGCUGAGUCACGAAGUCAUUAGCACGAACGUGUCUCGAAAUCAAAGUCCCGCACAAGGUGUGGGUAAUAUUGCUCGUAACGGCAAUGCCUUCCUCCAACAACAACAACAACAACAACAACAGGCCUCUACUCGCGCAAGCCAAGAACACCAAGUCGCUCUCGCCGCACUCCAAGGCACGACCGCCGCCGCCACACCACCGCCCCCAGCCACCUCAACCCCCUCACCAGGCCCUCUCCCACCCCUCGGCCCCGCGCCCCUAACAACAACAACCAAAACCAGCACCGCCCAAAAACUAAAACACCGACUCUCCCUCCAAACCCACCAACCCCCCAGUACCGCCCACCCACCCCCCGCCGUCCCCGAAGAAGACGAAAUGGAAGAAAUCAUCACCAUGUCCCCUGCCGUCCGGUCCUUUGAACCCGUGGUCUCGUACCGGAAGUCAAGGUCGAGUUUGGCGUUGUCGGCGAUGGGAGGGGUGGGGAAAAAUGCGAGUCAGGUUUCGCUGUCGGGCAACUCGCUGAGUGGGAGGAGUUUGACCGCUUCGGCGGGGGAGAGGAAGAGGUAUUUUGGGCAGAUGGUUGAGGCGGGAGAUUUGGUGGCGAGUGGGAUUGAGAAUGCUUUUGAGCGGUUGUGA